UCCGCUCCGUUGUGGAUGCGGCGGCUGGCAGCCAAGGUAUACCACUACGGGGGCGUCCAUAGUGGAUGUGGCAUUGCCGCGUUCGUAUGGUAUGUGGGUUUUGUGGGUGUCAUGUCUCGGGAGUAUUGGUCGGGCCAGUCCGCCCUUUCGCUGGCUCCAAUUAUCCUGGCGUACAUUAUUCUCGCCCUGUUGCUCGCGAUUAUCAUCGUCGCUCACCCCACGUUCCGGAUCAAGAAGCAUGACUACUUCGAGCUCACCCACCGCUUCUCCGGGUGGCUGGUCGUGGCACUCUUCGUGGUCCUGCUCAUGAUCUUUGCCGAUCAGGCAAGCACGGCAUAUAAUGAGUCGCUUGGUCACUUUCUGCUCACUCUUCCGGCCUUCUGGUUCUUGAUGGUGACUGUGGUCGCCAUCAUCCACCCCUGGGUGUUCCUGCGCAAGGUCAAAGUCCAACCCGAAUACCUCUCAUCCCAUGCAGUGAGGCUCCACUUCACCCACACGACCACGACGUUCGGAAAGGGUAUCCAAUUAUGCCGACACCCACUUCAGGAUUGGCAUGGGUUCGCCACAUUCCCCGAUCCCGAGGGCAAAAGCUUCUCUGCUCUGGUCUCUAAAGCCGGGGACUGGACGUCAGCCUGCAUCCAAGACCAGCCAACACAUCUAUGGAAGCGGGGUGUCCUUACCUAUGGCUUUGGGUACGCGAUGAGGGUAUUCAAGCGAGUGGUGGUUGUCACGACAGGCUCUGGCAUCGGGCCCUGCCUCUCGUUUCUGGGAGAUGACAAUCGGCCCAACCUGCGAGUGAUCUGGCAAACCCGCGCGCCUCUGAAGACUUACGGGCAGAACAUCCUCAACCUUGUAUCUGAGAUGGACAAGAACCCCGUGAUUAUCGACACGAAUCAAUCCGGACGAGUCGACAUGGUUCCGAUCAUCCGACAACUCGUAAAGGAGUUUGAUGCGGAAGCUGUGUGCGUAAUCAGUAACCCGUUCGUGACCAAGAAGGUCGUGUAUGAGUUAGAGUCACAUGGGAUUUCAGCAUACGGACCUAUAUUCGAUUCAUGACCUUGGCAUUUUGUAUAUGUUUUUUGUUUUGCGUUCUGAUGUGAAAAUGUUCCGGUGUUGGCGUUGGUUGGAGUUUGAAAAGGAUAGGCCCGGUUUGGGGGGGGAAGUUGGUGAGGCGUCACGAGGGAAAGACUGGACAGGAAGGGACUGAACAGAGGGUGAUUCCACUCUUGUAUAUGGGAAUCGCUG